AUGCCUUAUCCAGUAGCGGCGCACCCCCUCCUCCACUCAUUCAUCCCCACCCGCAUCCUCUUCCCCACCCGCCUCGACCCGCGCCGCCCGCCGCCGCUCCCCGCCGCCCGCUCCACCCAUGCCGCUCCCCGCCACCCGCCGCCGCCGCUCCAUCCGCGCCCCUCCCCGCCACCCACUCCACCCGCGCCGCUCCCCGCCCCCUCCUCGCGCCGCCACCACCACCUCGACGCCACGCCGCCGCGGCCACCACCCUCUCCACCCGCUCACCCCACCACCACCCCCAUCCCCCUGCCUCGUCUCGCUGGCGUGCGUCGUCGCCGCCCCGACCUUGUGCCCUCCCUGUCCUGCUCGGGCCUCGGCGUGCCGGCCCGGGCUCGAAGCCCCCCCUUCGCCGACGCCCUGCCGCGGCGGCCCCGGCCCCCGUCCACCCGUCCCCGGCCGCUGCCCCUGGCCUCCCUGCUCGCGAGCUGUACCAGCGCCAAUGUCGCCCGCAGGUGA